AUGUCCAUACCCCCCUCGACCCCUCCCUCUCGUCCGACAUCAGGCGAUAGCCUCCGCGUUAGAUCCGACACUUCGCCAGCCUCUGCGCUGCACGGUCUCAUGUCCGACGACGACCUGAGCGGCAAGGAGCUCAAGCUCCCUCCAGCGCGGACCGCCCCCGCUACCCAACCAGGCGUCAAUGCCGCCCCGCAACUAUGGUCACCUUUUAUUCGGCACGAAUCCACCAGCGGUGCAUCGGGAGCACAUCGUCUCCCUCCACUCUGGCGAGAGCUCAGCGAUCAGCCGUUCGAUGAAGACGACCCGGAAUCCGGCCCCAGCGAUUACUGGAGAAGACCUAGUCCCGACCUGAUAUCUCCAACACAAAUCCCAACUGAAAGUCCUUGGUUGCGAACGGGAGCGUCGCACAGCGAUCAGACUCAAGCGACACCCGAGGAGACGCACGACGCGGACGCUGCUGAAUACUCGAAGCGUCUCGAGCAGGUGCUAGCUCAACACGACACACCACCGCAAACGCCGACAAGGCCAAGAAGAGAUUCGGUUAUGCACGGAACGACCGACUCCGAGACUGGGUGGAGCGAGUACCAAGCCCAUGGUCAUGGGUAUGAUUCGGCCGUGCGCUCUGUCCUGCGCGACAGCGAUGAAAGUACGAAAGGCGAAGAAGAGUUUGGGCGGCAUGCUUCGAAGUCUCGUUUGAUCGUGCGCCUGUACGAGCGAGCCCAGCAUCGCGAUCAUACAUUCCACAACCGUGCUGGAUCUGGAGCAACGAACAUGUCAGGAUCGCCCCAGCUGCCGCGCAUCGCAUCGCAUUUCUCGCAGUUGUCGCUGUCACGAUCAAACAGCUUCUCGACCGCUUCGUUGGCAGGACCCGGACCCUCCAAAGCUCUCGCACCGCACCGAGAGGAGAGCGAGCUGUCCGAGGAAUCUCUGCAGGGACCGGCUUUCACGUUCCACCCGUUGCGAAACCUCUCUACGCAUCUCUUCAACCGCAACAAAGAUGGAACGUCCACCCCGAAUGCGUCGAUCACACCUCCGGCUCCCUCUAGAAGAGGAAGCAGUUUGCUCGGGUUAUCACGCAGCAGCACACAAUCCCAAGAUGCCACCGACAGUGGCUUCGGCCGUCCUACGGUGCUGGACAUAAACGGCAUGGUCGCUGCCGGCACCGAUCAAGGCUGGGUAGUAGUGUACAAUUUCUCUCAGGAGGUUCGGUGUGUGCUCGGCAACGAUCUCAUCGGACCCGUCACAGCCGUUACCAUCUGUCCUGAUCAGACGUUUAUUGGCGUUGGUCACGCUAAUGGCAAUAUCUAUCUCUACGACCUGGCUCAUCCGACGAAGCCGGCCCGUACGCAACUUGCCCUCACCCUGAAGCAGGUCAUGUCAGGCAGGAAAGAAGGACACCUGCAGGGCAGCCGCAUUCUGCACAUCGGCUUCGUCGGCAAGCGCCACACGUCCAUCGUGACCGGCGAUGAGGAUGGUCGUGCUUUCUGGUUCAGUCUUGGACGAGUUAUGGGAGUGGACAGCAACGAUGCGGUCCGAAUGCUCGGAUCAUAUCCCGAGAUGGACGCUGAGCCGCCGAUGUCUCCCGGAGCCGACGCCCCCUCCGCCCCUAGCUCGAUCCGUUCACAGAACAAGAGACACACGACACUGUUCGCCACGCUGCCCUUGGCUCUGGGAACUGGUUCUCAUCCUACCGACGAGUUCCAUCUCUCAGCGCUUCUGACGCCGGUGAAGCUCGUCAUCGUUGGCAUGAAGCCGUCAGCCAAGACCUGGCAUCGAAAGAUGCGCGGAAUCACUGGCGGACCGUUCGGUGGCUUUACUGGCUGUGCGACAUGGCUGAGAGCAGGCGAGGUCACUCCAGGGGACGCUACGCACCAGCCCUCUGAUCCAGUGCUCGCCUUUUCGUGGGGCAAGUCCUUGCGCUUCCUACGCGUACGCGUCGCUGUGACAAAGGAGCCGGACUCGAAGAAACCCGAGUCGAAGAUGCGCGAAAUCCGGACGCCAGAGUUCGUGGAGGGUCGCAGGUGGGAAGCGCCGCACCCGAUUCUCUCGCUCCAUUGGUUUGAUCCGGAUCACAUGCUCAUUAUCACCCACCACGACUUGCUUCUCCUCAACGUGAGGAUGAUGUCACUGGUCGAGCGAACGCCCCUCCAGACUAAGCUUCUUACUUCGCAAGAUUUCUUCGCUGGGCUCAGCCUUCGCCGGUCCAACAUUGAGGCGGUGCCAGCGAGCAUUGCCAGCUCAGCGAGAACAUAUCGGUCGAAGCUGUUCCUGCUUACGAAGGCCAAUGUACAGGUCGGAACUCUACAGUACUGGAAUGACCGUGUGCUCGCCAACGUGCACCGCGGUGACUUCCUUGCAGCCAUCAACCUCGCUUUGGCCUAUUAUGAGGGCCGAGCGCCGGGCAACACGAUCGGCCUGCCAGAGUACCCUACGGAGCGCCAUGAGGUUGUUGGUGCUCGUAUCCGCGAGCUGAUGCGGGCGUCACUGGAGUGGGCCUUCAGCGAGGACAGAAUGAAAGACGACACGCACUUCAGCGCGGACGGCCGUGGUGUUGAUCUGACGUCGUUGUUCGAAGGUCUUGCCACGGCCUGCAUCGACGCUUGCAUUGCUAUGGACGACACCGAAUUCCUGUUUGAGUCUGCCUUCGAACAUUACUCUAACGCCGGCAUCCAGGGCAUCUUCCUCAGCAAGCUCGAAACGUACAUCUUCGACGGGCGCAUCCCCGAGGUUCCUCCAGAGGUGAUCAAGGCCCUGAUUACGAUGCACGAGGACCGCGACGAGUUUGCCGAAGCCGAAGCCGUUAUCUGGCACAUCGAACCGCAGUGUCUGGAUAUCAACCAGGCGGUUACCCUGUGUGAGAAGCGCGGAUUAUGGGACGCCCUCAUCUACGUCUAUACCCGUGCCAUGGGCGACUACGUUGCGCCCAUCGUCAAGCUUAUCCGUGUGCUGUGCGACGUACAGCGCUACCGACGUGACCGUCCGAGCCUGGUCGGUGACGAUGCGGCCGAUAAUAACGACGAGGAGCGUUUCGCGCCCGAUGCGUACAAGCUCUAUGGCUACGUCACGCAUGUCCUUAGUGGGCUGUGGUACCCGUCCGGCGAGACGAUGCGCGAGCCGGAGGCGACGCGUGCCAAGUCUGAGGCGUACACCAUGAUCUUCUCGGACCACAUUGUCGACUGGCCCGCUGGGUCCGGAGACAUGGUGCUGACCGACGCCGACGAGCCGACCUACCCCUACCUUCGCUUACUGCUUCGAUUCGACACUGAAGCGUUCCUGCACGCAAUGGACAUUGCCUUCGAGGACUCGUAUUUGAACGACCCUUCGCAUGCCAUCAACCGCCAGAGCAUCAUCAACCUGAUGCUCGACGUCAUGGAGAGCUUCCACAGCUCGGACGUUACUCUUCUGCACAUCUUCGUGGCGCGCAAUCUGCCCAAGUAUCCCCAGUUCAUCUUCAUCCCUCCCGACACCAGCCACCGCAUCCUUGUCUCACUGGCAGCCGACCCGGAUCAGAGCAGCCGCGAGGACCGACAGCUCGCCGCGGAGUACCUGCUCUCUGCCUACACGCCGCACGACGGCGACGAGAUGCUUGCGCGCUUCGAGGAGGCGGGCUUUUUCCGUAUCCUCCGCGCUGCCUACAAGCGCGACAAGAAAUGGGGCGCUCUCAUCGAAACCCUGCUCAAGGACCCGGAGACUGAUGACUCCGUCUUCGACUCGCUCGAGGAGAUUGUGUCCGAGGCCCGGACGCCUAACGGCGCGUCCGAGGUUGCGCACGCCGUCGAGGCGGCUCUUCCCGCGCUGUUUGACCUUAGCGUACGUCAGACAGCGUACUUCCUCGACCGCUGCCUCCCGGAGCUACACGACGCAGCGAUUGCAGAGCUCGAGGAGGCUCAGCACAAGCAGGCCGCUUACCUGCGAUGUCUGCUCGACCCCACCGCCGACGAGGACAGCGAUAGCGCUAUUGUCGAUGACACGGCGCGCGCCCCGACUGAGACGACGGUCUCGACCCACCUCGGCCUCCUUGCGCGACACAAGUACAUCACACUCUUGGCGCAGCAUGACGAGAGCGCUGUGGUGCCAUUCCUCGAUGCGCGCGGCAAGGACUUUUUUGACCUCACCGACCUCGCCGAGCAGGCGGAGGAGGCUGGCCUACCGGAGGCGCAGCUGUGGGCUCUCGACCGCGCUGGGCGCAAAAAGGAGGUCUUCGACACGAUCUCGUCCGUCCUCACCCGCCACGGCAGUGACCUGGCCAUGGGCCUGUCAGGUCUCGAUGAAGGCGAGGUGCACGUUGCGCUAGGGCAGCUGCGCGGGGUGACCGCAAUGGCGAUCCGUCUGUGCACGGAGCACUCCUCGGACGGCGGCGUCGAGGACAUGUGGUUCGGUGUGCUGCACUCGAUCACGAACCUGCUGCACAACGUGACCGCGCUGAAUGAGAGUGUACGUCAAGCGCCGCUCGGCACCGAGUCACUCGACACGCUCCGCACCCUCGUGCAGGACACGCUGCAAGCUCUCCUCAGCAGCAACGCCGACAUCAGCUUUGCGCGCCUGUUCAAGCGCCUCGUCGAGAGCUCGGCUGACGACUCGCCCUCGCACACGGCGCCCGUGUACGCCGAGUUCCGAGCCAUUCUGACCGGCAUGCUGGACUCGUUCAAGAACAACGCCGAGGCGCUCGAGCUCACCACGCGCCUCAUCCAGGCGGACGGCUUCGAUCUCCUCGCCGAACAGGUCCGCCGCAGCCGCAAGGGCUGGGCUGCCAAGUACACAUGCGCCAUCUGCAAGCUCGAGCUGAGCGCAAUGCCGGGCGAGGUCAAGGUUACGGUCGACGGAAGCGUGCACGUUGCGUGCGAGAUGGCCGUGCUCGCCGAUGACGAGCUGAGCCCCGGCAUCGACGAGGCGCCGACGAGCGUGCUCCCCGGCGAACCGACGCUGGACAAGGGCAAGGCAAAGCUGGUCCCGGCCUGA